UCUUCAAACUUUUGUUGCAUGUACUAUGGGAGAUUUAUGGUCUCCAUUCAUGUUGUUGCUCAAAGUUCUCUGUGCAGAGCUGACGUCUGCCAAAAUUUAAGCCAAUGUGGUAAGAACUGAAAGAAAAGCACACAUUUGAAUAUCUGCUUCUUAUCUGCUUCUUUUCCUAGAGAAGAUGCAUUUGCAGUUGUUUUUCCCCUUCCAUUUCCUUUUUUCUGCUCUUGCUUUCUGCUACUUAUAUUUAGAUGCAUUAUCGGCCUAUGGAUCUCUGUUUCCAGAGAAUGGAUGCUGUUGCUUUCUCCAUUGGUAGGAAGCUAGACACAACCCUUUUCAGUUUCUUGAUUUCAUUUGUAAUGCUUCUCUUUGUGCGAGCAAAAAAUGGAAAAAAGGUGGUUUUUGAUGUGAUGCCAUGGUCUUGACUUGUGGGUUUGAUCCUUCCUUGUGUUGCUAUAAUAGAGAGCUGGCUACUACAGCUUAGCAUGCAUCUCUUAUUUCCAACCAUUGUGUUACAUGUGUAGGCCAUUUGGCCCAUGCAAAAGUUGGGCCCAACCAUGAGGAUGAUCUAUCUCGAAAACUAGGCCGAUCCACUCAAUGUGUUGAGCCGCUGUCCAUUUAUUUUGAUGAUGCAGACUACUUGAUUAGUUGACUGGCCCGAUUUUUGUUUCAGGUGAUCUUCAGGGUGACAGUGGCCUGCCUAAUUAGUGGAUCUUCAGGGUGACAGUGGUCUGGCUAAUUAGUGGAUCUUCAGGGUGACAGUGGUCUGCCUAAUUAGUGGACUGGCUUGAUUUUGUGCCAGGUUAUUUUCAUGGUGAUGGUGUGACCGACCUGCCCUGAUGAGCAGAUCAGCCUGAUUUUUGUUUGAGGUGGUCUUCUUGGUGUGGCCCUCCGUUUGCAUGGCUCGGAUAUCCUAUAGAAGUGACAAAUUGGCGGGAAAGAUGGGUUAGCAUGCAGCUGGCUGCAGGUAACUAUUUUUCACAAUAUGUGAGAUGUUGGGAGCCUACUUGUCGAAGGAAGGGGUUAAGAAGUUGGCGGAUGUGUUUGGGUGUGAUGCGGGUUAUUUCCCUUCUUCCUAUCUAGGUCUUCCUCUUUGCAUCAUCAAGCUGGCGAAGCAUCUUUGAGACAAAGUAAUCGAAAGAAUGGAGAGGAAACUUUCUAAUUGGAAGAGCUGCCUUCUUUGCUUGGAGAGGAAACUUUUGAAGGUGGCCUCGUCAAAUAUGCCGCUCUAUUUUAUGUUCCUAUUCAGAUGCCUGAACUCAGGACUUGAUAGGUUGGAGUGUUUAAUGCAGGACUUUUUAUGGAAAGGAGUGGAUGAGAAUCAUGAAUUCCAACUUUUGAACUUGGGAGAGGUUUGCAAGCCAGUGACCGAAGAAGCGGGUAUCAGGGAUUUGGAUAAUACGAAUUGUUCUUUGCUUGGGAAGUGGCUUUGGAGGUUUGCCUUGGAUGAGGGGAAUUUGUGGAGGGAGGUUAUAGCAAGUACAGGGUCUAGGUUGUAGGAUGGUAGGUUAGAGAGUCAUCCUUAUAUAAAAUUCGUCUUUGAGGAAGCCGGUGUACUAGAUGACUCAUAAAUUUAGAGGCGGUGUUUCCUUCACUAUUGGGGAUGGUGAACAUGUUCGGUUUUGGGAGGGGACAUGGGGAUCAGAGAGAGCCCUCCUCAAUUGGAAGUUAUCCGACAAGGAAGUGGAAGACUUCUCAAGUCUAUUGGAUUGUCUUCAAGGCUCUUUUCCAACGCAGGGAGAAGGGAUGCUAUGAGCUGGAGCUUUUAUAAGACAAGGUGCUCCAUGGUCCGUUCUUUCGACAACUUUCUAAAGGGUUUGUCAUCGGGAGAGGCUCUGAGCAAACUUUAUGUGGUCAUAUGGCUCCCCACCAAUGAUCGCGGUGUUUGUGUGGUUAGGCGGAAAGAAUCAGGUGCUCACAUUGGACAAUGUCCAGAAAAAGGUCGAUGGUGCUCCCUGACUAUGCUUCUUGUGUAUGAACAAGACGGAGUCAGUCAACCAUCUCUUCAUUCAUUGCUACUUUGCUCUAGAAGUUUGGGACAGUUUCCUUCAAGUCUUCAACACGUAUUGGGUGAUGCCAUAAUCCAUCGGAGCUCUUCUAUUGGCAUGGCAUGAUUGUGGGGUAAGAAAUGUGAUAUGCCAAAAUGGUGACGGUGGUAGCCAUUACGAAUUACGGGGUUGAAAUGGCCGUUACAGAAAAGAUGGCCCGCAAUGGGGCUGAAACAGAUUUUUUCAAAAAAGAAAGAAAGAAGAAGAAAAAGAUAAAGGCCAUAAUGGGAGUAUGGAAUACCUUGGUCUGAAAAGAGCACAAGGUAGUGUGGCAGUUGGCGAUUAUGGCCAUUUUAUGGUCCAGUUGGGGGGAGAUGAAUGAUUGAUGUUUUAGGAAUUUGAGUGGGUCGGUAUCUGGGGUGAUGAGAAGGGUUAAGUGGGACAGUAGAUUGGGCCUCUUGCUUAAAGGCUGCAGGUGGUUGUAAUAUAGAUUGCUUGGGCUGUAAGGGUUGUUCCUGCCGGUUGUUUCCCAGUUGGUUUUUACUAAAAGUAUCGUUACCUUUAAAAAAACGUGUUUAUAGAAGCCAUUUGUGCAUACUGAUUGGCAUGCACAUUGAAUGA